AUGAACUCCAGCAGCUCCAUCCAAAACUCUCACAACAACGACAAGGCCCUCAACGACAACCAUCCAGCACCCAACAGCACCGGCCUUCCCAUCUUCUACGACUGUGGCAGCGACGGCGAAGGCAGUUGUGGUGCUGGUGGCAGCAGCGGAGACGAGAACGAUUACGGCCAGAAGGUCGUCCAACGCCAACCAAGACGGCAGCGCACCCCACCACCACCUCUCAAGACCAUCAUCGACAAGGCCGCCAACAAGACCUACCGACAGACCCAUCUUCUGGGCGAAGGUUCGUUCGGACAAGUUCAUGUGGCUGUCGACGAGAAGGGCGAAAAGGUCGCUCUCAAGACCUUUAAAAUAUUUGACAUGGAGGAGGCGGAUGCUGAGCAAGAGUGGCAAGCGUGCAAAACGAUCCUCGACCACCAGCCCCACCACCCCAAUGUCGUCGCCCCCAUCAGUUACUUCAAGGACGGAAUGUUCCCUUGUUUGACGAUGGAGCUGUGCUCCAACAAGAACCUGGACACCUUGUUGGAGGCCAGGAGAAGUCUUCAGGAACACGAAGUCCGGUAUUUCGGACAGCAACUGGUGGCCGGCGUGGCUCACUUACACAGUUUGAACCUGGUCCACCAUGACCUGAAACCACUCAACCUCUUGCUGACAGAGGAGUUGGUGUUGAAGGUCGGUGACUUUGGUCAAACGCGAGAUCUGAGAGAGGGCAAGGAGUUCCGGAAUGUGGUCGGAACUCCUGGCUUCCAGGCCCCCGAGGUUCUCAAUCGCAAGGGGCACACCUACGCCCUGGACGUGUUCGCCAUCGGGGCCAUCCUCUUCAGGAUGUUGCUUGGUGUCACGUACCAGCUCCCUGGCAAGAGGAAGCCUCUUAAUAUUAGCGUAAGCAUUAGUCCCAACGCUAGGGACUUGCUUGAGAGAACCCUCGAGAGCGAUCCUGGGAGCCGGAUCGCGAUGCCCGAUCUGCUGGCUCACCCCUUCCUGACCGACGGGCCUGUGCCGCAGAGUGUCUCCUGGGACAUUUUGCGCACACCUGCUCCCCUGCCAACCGAGGACGACGCAUCAGACCCUGAUGGCGCUUAUCAGGUUGAGAUUAUCAAGUCGCAGGAAGAGGAGGAUGCCAAGACGCCGGAGGAGCAGAUCGGGUCCCAGUUGGACGAUUCCGUGAAGGAGGAGGGGGGUGAAGAAGAGGAGGAGGCCGCCCAGACCUUGGAGAUGACCGAGCCCUUAGAUCCAGUCGUCGACCUUGACGACAUUGACCUCGAUGACAUUUUUGAACAAGUCGAGGAGGUAAAGAAAGCCAAGAGAGCCAAGAAGGUCUUGGAGGACGACUCGGACGACUCGGACGAGGAGGCCCAGACCCAGGAGGAGGCCACCCAGGCCUUAGAGAUGGCCGAAUCCUCAGAGCCCGUCGUCGACCUUGACGACAUUGACCUCGACGACAUCUUUGAACAAGUCGAGGAGGCAAAGAAAGCCUAG